UGAUUUAGACCUGUGACACCAGCUGUGUGCUAUUACGUAUUACUUAGGUAAGACAGAAAACCAGCAGUCUUCGGACCUCGUAGGGUAAGAGUUGAAUACCCCUGCGGCCUACUCAGUAAGCCAUUCCCCACAUUUUUUUACGUUUUAGUAAUUUAUAGUGCAUUCAUCUGAAGAUACCUAGGUGGGACAACCACAUAUCACAGUCAUCGUGUGUGAAAAGGAGAGGAAAAGCUAUGCAGCUGGCAAGACGCAGGAGAACAAGGAAAAUAGCAACGGAGGACAGAAGCAAGUGAAACUGCCUGCCAUCUUGACCACAAUGCACCAGACUAUAAACCUGCUCUGCCUGCUGGUCCUGACCUUUCACCCUGACCUGGCCAUGGGAGGAAGAUCCCAGCGCAAACAAAGGCAGGCUGAGGACAGUCUAAGACCAUACCUGGGUAGAGUGGACCCAGUCCAGCUGUGUGAGCUGCUGAAGUGUCACAGUCCAAUGGGCUCCUGGUGCCAAGUGGUGCAGGACAAUGAAGUCCUCGUCCCAAAGUGUGUGUGUCCAAAGACCUGCCCACGGCAGGGGGCACCAGUGUGCAGUGUUCUGGGAAAGACCUAUGGGAAUGAGUGUCUGCUGCAUAGAGAAGCCUGCCGCAAGAGACGUCGCAUUGGACUGGCUCAUAUAGGACCCUGUCUUGUUCCCAAGGCAAACUGCACAGAGGAGGAGUAUGGCCAAUUCCCAUACCGUCUAAUGGACUGGUUCCUCCUAUUAAGUCGUAUGGGAAAGUCUUAUGCCCCCUAUGCCCUGCCCCAGAGCUGCCUGAGCCAUACCCAGCGCACUCAACUAGCCCAGCGGCGGUUUGCCCUGCUGGACAAGAACAAGGACGGGAAGCUGAGCCAGAGGGACCUGAGGAAGUUGCGCUACAAGAGGAUGCCUCUUGAGCAAUGUGCUAACUUCUUCUUCCAGUCAUGUGACCAUAACAAGAACAGUAAGGUGACCCUGCAUGAAUGGAUCUCCUGUCUGGUGGAUCGCUCAGAGAGCUGGUUCCAAAACUUCAUGUCUAUGCAAAUGGGAUCCGGUAAGCUGUGUCCCAUGAAGACCGACAACCACCUUUGACCUGGACAUGAACACAUCUCCUCUCGCUUGUCUACAUGUGCAUCUGUUUAUCACUGCUAUCUACAAUAAUACGCAUACAAAAUAAUCCACUUUUCUCCACUUCCAGCAUCAUACUCCCCUAACUGUCACACUCAGUACUGUGUUUGUUUUUGACUUAUGACAUCUGUUUUGUGAUGGUCACUGUACAUUCAUCUGUGUGGAGAAAUGGCCUGUAAUAAAUGUCUGAGACCUG